GGUUCAGCUUUCAACACGUCUUGUAUGCCUUACAAUUGAGGUAGCGAGGCCCUGAAAGUGAACUGCCAACACGCACACAUCAUUACAUAUGAUGUAUAGGCAUAUGGUAUGGUCUAGUGAACAUACGGGGUUAGGGGGAAGCGGUAACCCGUAGGUAGUUCUCCUUUAUACUCUGGCCCACGAUACAAUGAUAAGGAUAGCUAGGGUGAGAGCUACCUACCUUAGGUACCUGCCUACGGUCAAGAGGAGGGAGGGCACUUGCCCAAGGCUCUAGCAUGGCGGGGUGGAAAUCGUAACCCCGCUAUAGACCCGAAAUUCUUUUUAUCUUGUACCCUAAUGGCGCAACUCCUGGGCUGACCUCUGUACUAACUGCUUGUCUCCUUCAUCGCAUCUCUCGUUGAGCACUCGAGACAAGGUGAUACCGCGAGUUGCCUCAGUUCCAGGCAGUCCGACUAUUCUUCACGCCAACCGCGAGUUGUGCCAUCGAUCUGAUCCGUCCGUCCGUCCGUAGUGUGUCCCUUCAACGACUCGCCGAUUUACCUGUUAAUUCCCUGUGCCGGCCGCGUUCUGCAUAACCAAUCCCUAAGCAUCAUCAUGACGGCGGCCCAGAGAAUCGCAAUCCUUUCCGUCUUCGACAAGACUGGCUUGUUGGACUUGGCUAAGGGCCUUGUAAAACAGAAUGUGCGCAUUCUGGCUUCCGGCGGCACCGCCAGGAUGAUUCGCGAGUCCGGGUUUCCAGUCGAGGAUAUUUCGGCUAUCACGAAGGCACCCGAGAUGCUUUCCGGCCGCGUCAAGACUCUGCACCCAGCCGUCCACGCUGGCAUACUAGCCCGCAACCUAGCCGCCGACGAGAAAGAUCUCGCCGAGCAGAGCAUUGAUAAAGUUGACUAUGUCAUUUGCAACCUGUACCCGUUCAAAGACACCAUCUCCAAACCCAAUGUUACCGUCCCAGAAGCCGUGGAGGAGAUUGACAUAGGAGGCGUGACGCUCAUCCGGGCAGCUGCCAAGAACCACGCGCGCGUCACUAUAUUGAGUGACCCGAAUGAUUAUGCCGAAUUCUUGCAGGAACUCGAGACUGGCGAGAUCAAGGAGGCAAGCCGUAAUAGAUAUGCCCUCAAGGCCUUCGAGCACACGGCCGACUAUGAUGCCCACAUCUCUAGGUUCUUUCGUGCGCGAUACGCCGGCGACGGUCAGCAAUACCUGCCUCUCCGAUACGGCGCCAAUCCCCACCAGAAGCCCGCCGCCGCAUACACAACCUCCGUGAACCUACCCUUCAAGGUCCUGUGCGGCGCGCCUGGUUACAUCAACCUGCUGGAUGCCUUGAACAGCUGGCCACUGGUUAAGGAAUUGAAGGCGGCGCUCAGAAAACCCGCCGCCGCCAGCUUUAAACAUGUUUCCCCUGCUGGUGCUGCCAUUGGCGUCCCCCUCAGUGCCGAAGAACGCAAAGUCUACUUUGUCGACGAUAUCCCGGGAAUUGAAACUUCUGGACUGGCCCAAGCCUACGCGCGUGCUCGGGGAGCCGACCGCAUGAGUAGCUUCGGAGACAUCAUCGCUCUCAGUGACGUUGUGGACGUCCCUACUGCCAGCAUAAUCUCGAAGGAGGUCUCCGACGGUGUUAUCGCGCCCGGAUACGAGGAUGCCGCGCUGGAGAUACUCAAGAAGAAGAAGGGAGGGAAGUACCUGGUGCUUCAGAUCGAUCCCGAAUACCUGCCCGACCCUACUGAAGUUAGAACUGUAUACGGCGUCACUCUACGUCAGCAUCGCAACGACAUCGUAAUCACUCCCGCUUCGUUCUCGCAGACGAUCACGCCGAAGGACUUCGUGCUUCCGGAGUCCGCCGCCAGGGACUUGACCGUCGCUACGAUCGCGCUGAAGUACACGCAGAGCAACUCGGUGUGCUAUGCCAAGGACGGGCAAGUCAUCGGGCUCGGAGCCGGCCAGCAGUCGCGCAUCCACUGCACCCGUCUCGCGGGCGACAAGGCCGACAACUGGUGGUUGCGCUUCCACCCCCGCGUCCUGGGCAUCAAGUGGAAGAAGGGCACCAAACGCCCCGACAAGAGCAACGCCAUCGACCUGCUGGUGAGCGGCGAGCUUCCAAAGUCGGGUCCCGAACGCGAGGCGUUCGAGUCUGUCUUCGACGAGGUGCCUGCGGUGUUCACGGACGAGGAACGCGACGAGUGGCUCAGCAAGCUAGGCGACGUUGCCGUCUCCAGCGAUGCCUUUUUCCCCUUCGUCGACAACAUCUACCGCGCGCACCGGUCGGGUGCCAAGUACAUCACCGCCCCGGGCGGCAGCCAGAACGACUCGGCCGUCCACGAGACGGCGGAGAAGCUCGGCAUCAUCUUUGUCGAGCAGAAUAUCAGACUUUUCCACCACUAGCACGCAGACGAGAGAAAAGCAAAAGGGAAAGAGUGGAGGAAAUAAAGGAGACGAGGGAAGAAGAGGAAUGGGGAUGUGUCGUGGUAGGUACUGCUUAUACGAACGCUCGGGCAACCUGUGGGGCGGGAAGAAAAUAUAGCCGGGUUAGAUAAAAAGGAAAGAAAUGACGAAGCUAUACGAGAAAUGAGAAAAAAGGAAUUAUUGAGGGAAAAAUCGUGAAUUAGGAACACAGAUAGGCAGCGUGAUAAGAGAUCAUAGUGGGUGUGCCAGUACAAGAAGCUAGUUCCGGGAAAAGUCGAAUAUUAUUGCGAGGACCUCGAAUCUCCUCGCUAGUAAAUCGGUGUGGAUAUAGCCCCAUGGCUGACUACGUCGGUGGAUAGGGGGGUGGUUCUCUUAACCAUCCCGGUGCUAGGAACUCCGAAGC